GUUCAGGCCGAGCGGGAGGAGGCGGAGCGGGCGGAGGCGGGCGGCCGGCCGGGGAGGCGCGCGCCGGUCUGCUGCGUUCCGGCCUGGCCAUGGCAGCGGCGCCCCUGAAAGUGUGCAUCGUGGGCUCGGGGAACUGGGGUUCAGCUGUUGCAAAAAUAAUUGGUGAUAAUGUCAAGCAACUUCAGAAGUUUGCCUCCACGGUCAAGAUGUGGGUCUUUGAAGAAACGGUUAAUGGGAGAAAACUGACAGACAUCAUAAAUAAUGACCAUGAAAAUGUAAAAUAUCUCCCUGGACACAAGCUGCCAGAAAACGUGGUUGCUGUUGCGAACCUCAGCGAGGCCGUGCAGGACGCAGACCUGCUGGUGUUUGUCAUCCCCCACCAGUUCAUCCACCGGAUCUGCGAAGAGAUCACGGGGAGGGUGCCCAAGGACGCGCUGGGCAUCACCCUCAUCAAGGGCAUAGACGAGGGUCCUGAGGGGCUGAAGCUCAUUUCCGACAUCAUCCGAGAGAAGAUGGGCAUUGACAUCAGCGUGUUGAUGGGAGCCAACAUUGCCAAUGAGGUGGCCGCUGGGAAAUUCUGCGAGACCACCAUUGGCAGCAAGGUAAUGGAGAACGGCCUUCUCUUCAAAGAACUUCUGCAGACUCCAAAUUUUCGAAUUACAGUGGUGGAUGACGCAGACACGGUUGAACUGUGCGGUGCUCUGAAGAACAUCGUGGCCGUGGGAGCCGGGUUCUGCGACGGCCUCCACUGUGGCGACAACACCAAAGCCGCUGUCAUCCGCCUGGGGCUCAUGGAAAUGAUCGCCUUUGCCAGGAUCUUCUGCAAGGGCCAGGUGUCCACGGCCACCUUCCUGGAGAGCUGCGGCGUGGCUGAUCUGAUCACCACCUGCUAUGGGGGCCGGAACCGCAGGGUGGCCGAGGCCUUUGCCAGGACCGGAAAGACCAUCGAAGAAUUGGAGAAGGAGAUGCUGAAUGGGCAGAAGCUGCAAGGACCUCAGACUUCGGCCGAGGUGUACCGCAUACUCAAACAGAAGGGGCUGCUCGACAAUGUGUCCUGUGACCCCUGCUUUAGUGGAAGCGGACCUCCCUUGGCCCCAACCGCCUCCUUCUCAGACUCCUGUGUGCAUCUGUCCUGCGGUUUGGCCUGCCUGGACACCCCCUUAUGAGCAUCUCAACCAUCACCACCCACAAGGCAAG